UGCUGUGCAGCACCCAAGUCCAAUUUCUGACAUUAUUGCUCAAACCUCACUUUAUUGUGUCAUGAAAAUGCGAGAACCGAUCCUCGUGAUUAAACUUAUUUCAUUGGACUUUUUAAUAACACUCGUUUCACUAUUGAUUAUAUCAUCAACCGCAGAUGACUCUGCUGACUCGAGUAGCCGACAAACUCAAAGUCACACUAAGCCGAAUAUAGUGUUCAUAUUAGCCGAUGAUCUCGGUUGGAAUGACGUUGGGUUCCAUGGCAGUCGCCAGGUGCAGACCCCCCAUCUGGACAGGCUGGCAGGGGAGGGGUUGAUUCUGAAUAAUUACUAUGCACAGCCCAUGUGCACACCUAGUAGAGCUGCUUUAAUGACAGGCAGAUAUCCGAUAAGGACUGGUAUGCAGCACAAAGUGGUCAUAAACAGGCAGAGGAUGGGACUGCCUCUCCACUUGAAACUCCUCCCACAACACCUCAACGACCUCGGAUACCUCAGCCACGCAGUCGGCAAGUGGCACUUAGGACACUUUCACGAGAGCUUCCUACCCACAUCAAGAGGGUUUGAGUCAUUCUAUGGGCUAUAUAAUGGUAAAGGAGACUACUUCAGUCAUCUCGACACAGAAUUAGGGAUGACUGGACUCGAUUGGCAUUUGGACGAAGGACCCAACCGAACCGAUCUCCACUCGGAGCUGGGAGAAUACGCGACUAGAGCGUUCGCCACAAGGGCAGACCAAUUGAUAAGUGAACAUGAUUUCGAAAGGCAGCCGAUGUUUCUGUACAUGGCAUUGACUGCUCCGCAUUCUGCUUUGCCACAUGAUCCGCUUCAAGUGCCGUUUCAGACGGAGCAACAAGUAACGGGAACGUAUCACACGCAAAGACGAAAGUAUUUGGGUAUGCUAAAAGAAAUGGACGACUCGAUAGGCCGAAUUGUCGCAUCUCUGAAGACCAAAGGAGUCCUAGAUAAUACAAUCAUCAUCUUCAGUUCCGACAAUGGAGGUGCACCGAACGGGUUCCAAUUUGGAUGGGGUUCCAACUAUCCUCUGCGAUCUUCAAAGGGUUUCUUUUAUGAGGGAGGUUGUCGAGUUGCCGGGUUUGUUUGGGGUACUUUGUUUGCACGAAGAGCUGGACAAGUGGCUACUGAAAUGAUGCACAUUUCUGAUUGGUUGCCGACGUUGUACGAUUUCGCUGGAGGAAAUGUCGAACACUUAGAAGACAUUGAUGGCUUUAGUAUGGUCGAUGUUUUAACAUGCCGCAACUUGACUUCGCCAAGAACAGAAUUUGUUCUUAAUUUUGACCCCCUCGAAAACGCAAAAUCUAUGAGAGUUGGAAAAUAUAAGUAUCUUUUGAACCCCGAGGACUUCUUCGUGCAUAAUGAUUUGCACGAUUGGUACCAGGCUCCCGGAGAAUAUCCAGGCACUAAUGAAACUAUGAUUCCCAAUACGCAUCCAGCUCAGAUAACAUGUGAAAACAUGCCCCAAGAUAUUGAUUUGAAGUGCUUUUCUCAGAUAAGUCAACGUUACGAGUGUUUAUUUGACAUCGACAAAGACCCGUGUGAGUUUCAUAAUCUGAUAGACGAUGAAGGUUAUGCGGAAGUGAAGGAAAAACUUCUGGAAAGAAUUGAGUACUGGGAGGGCAAACAAGUUCCUCCAAUGAGACCCCCGGUUGAAUGGGAUGCGAAUCCGAAAUUCUUCGACCAUACCUGGAAUCCCUGGACUAAUGAUCCAACUAUUCAUCCGACUGAACCUUACACGUGCCACCCUAAACACUGUCCACCUGACACAAAAAUCAAUACCAAAAAAUUGGAGCUUUAGUAAAUGCAAAA